AUGGAGCAGAAGGCGGCGGCGCCGUCGCCCGCCCCCACGGCCGGGGAGGCGGCGUCGCUGUCGCUGCCGGCGCUGUUACUGUCGUCGCCGCCGGCGCCCGCCUCCGGCCUGCUGCUGGACCUGUCGGCCCCCGGCGCCGCCCCUGGGCGCCGCGCGGCGCGCUCCCGCGGCAAGGCGCGGCCGUCGCGCUCGGUGCCGCCCCCCGCCGCCCCCGCCGCCGACCUCCGCCGGCGGCAGCCCGAGCCGGCGGGGGCGGGCGACGCCGCCCCCGUGGUGACGUCGGCGCGCGCCGACUCCUCCAGCGCCACCGACCUGCCGGAGAGCCCGCAGGCGUCCAGGGGCGCCGCCGAGGACGCCCCCGCCGCCCCCGCCGAGGCGGACAGCACGUCGGACCCGGCGACGGCGGCGGCGGCGGCGGACGAGUCGGAGGUGGGCGCCCUGCUGGAGGGCCUGGUGUCGGCCGUGGUGGCGCUGCAGCUGGGCGCCGAGCCGGCCGCAGACCGCUGCCUCGCGCGCGCCCUCUCCCAGCUGCACGUCGGCCCGCCGGAGGAGGAGGAGGAGGAGCGGGCGGCCACUGCGGCCGCGGCGCCUCCUCCGGAGGCGGCGUCGCCGAGUCCCGCCGACGGAAACCACCCCCCGGCCGCGCCGGCCGAACCUCCCCAGACCGCACCGGAGGCGGCGGGCGAUCCCGGCGGCGACUCGCCGGAGGCCGCCGAAGAUGGCGACGGAGGCGGCCGGAGGCAGCAGAGGGCGGCGGGGGUGUGCGCUGCCGUGCAGACGCCCACCUCGCUGCUCUCCGCCGACGCCUCCACGUCCGACGCGUGCCCCGACACAGAUAUCUUCAGACAACCUUUUGCGGCCCCCGAAGGUGUCCCAAACUUGUCGUUCAGAGCGGCAGAUUCUCUCCGUGGGGCCCAUUGCUUGGACAACGACUUAUCACAAAGUGACGCGGACGACCUACUGCUGCGGCCACCGUUCCGGCCGGCACCACGGACGGCCCCGCCGGAUGAUGCGGACCAGGUGGUGCCGGCGAGCCCCCGGCCGGCACGUGACGCCACGGUGCCAUUCUGCUACGGCGGGCGCCUUCCCGCCUCCAUCUACUACGCGACGGGGACUCGUGUGACGAGGCCGCAGUGCGUUGCCGGCCUGGUGCUGCCCGAUAUCCUAAACGACGUGGCGGGAGCUUCCCCGUCACCCCCGGCCCCGGACGCGGAAUCUGAGUCGGAACCGGACGUCGAGACUGACGCGGAAGCUCCGGAGCUGGGCGUGGGGCGUGACGUCGUCACGGGCAUUCUGUACGACAUUGUGAGACAGUCCACCAGUGGUCAGAGCUCGCACCAAUCACCGACACGAGACGACACGGCAAUGGAGGCGGAGGAACUCGCAGAGACAGAGGAGCGACCGACGGAACCGGAAGAUAGGACAACGGAUCCGGAAGAUCGGCCAGCGGAUCCGGAAGAUCGGCCAGCGGAUCCGGAAGAUCGGCCAGCGGAACCAGAAGAGCAGCCGACGGAACCGGAAGAGCGACCGUCGGAACCGGAGGAGGGACCUGCGGAGGCAGAGGAGGGACCUGCGGAGGCAGGACCAGUGGAGGCGGAGGCAGCGGCGGAGGGGGGACCGGUGGAGGCAGAAGCGGAGGACCUGGUGCCUCUCUCACCGUCAUUGGCAGCUGGUGCUGAGGGUGCAAGUGCAGUACCUGAGGAAGAGCCUGCCAGUGUAAUCCCGUCCGAGAAGGAAGAUCGGGAGCAAGAAACUAAGACUGAGACCGAGGAGGGAGCGGCACAGAAUAAUGCCGAGGAGAUUGUGCGAGGCGUGGCUGAAGAGGAUUCCGCAGGUGCGGAAGUUCCCGACGCCGUUCCCGAGGGAGAGAACGCGGCCUCGCGGUCGCCGAGGUCCCGCGAGGAAGCGGAUCGGUCCCCGCGCGACAGCCCGGUGGAGACGGCGGUGCCGACCUCUGCCGGCGAGGAAAGUACACUGACUGCUGAGAGCGGCGAGACGGGCGACCGGGGCGACAGCGAAAUGGACGUCCGCAAGGAGGGGGACAGCCUGCGCUGCAGCGUGCCACUCGAGAAGGUGCCGCAGUUCGACGCGGCUGCAGUGGUGCAGGCAGCAGACGCAGACAAGUCGGAGCUGAAAAAGUUCCAGUUCCGCAUGGAGCCGACGCACCGCACACCGAAGGGAUUCCUGUGCGAGGUGUGUUCGACGGUGUACAAGCGCUCGUUCAGCCUGAAGCGCCACUACCUGCGCUGCCACGUCAGCGUCUGCUACCUGUCGGAGCGCGACGUCGCGAACUGCGGCAUCGCCAACCCUUCCAAGGCCGGGGCACCGCUCUCCUACGCCAAGGCCCCGGGCAGUGUGGAGUGCCCCGGGAUGUACCGCUGCCACACGUGUGGCGACUGGUUCGACGACAGACUGACCGGCUUGCGGCCGCACCUGCUCGACCACCCACAGCCGACUGCUGCACCACCGACGGACGCAGGGAAGGGAACGAACCCCAAGCCGGAUACGAACGGAGCGUGCACAGGUGCGGAAGCGCAGGGAGACCUGUCGAGUGCGGCGACAGUCCCCAGUGGUGUGGAAGUCGCGGUUCAACCCAAAGUGGAGAUUGUACCCAGAUUUCUGUGUCUCUAUUGUGAUAAGAGGUUUGUAACGGGGCCGCUGUGCCGGCGCCACCAGAGGAGGGUGCACAUCGCCCGCGAGAACGCCGUCCGCCAGAAGCUGUCGGCGGCAGCUACGCCCGCCGCGUCCGAAGCGAACGCAAGUAAAGGAGCUGUCGCGAGUAAAGGUGCCGCCGCGGGUAAAGAACCCGUCGUGGGAAAGGAAGUCGCGACGAGUAAAGAAGUUCCCACGGGUAAAGAAGUCGCCGCGGGCGAGGCGAAACCCGGGGGCGCGGCGGAGGCCCCAGACGGGACUACCGCCCCGGCCGCGAAGAAGGAGGUCCGUCCCCGGCAGCCGCGCCCCCACCAGUGCCCGUACUGCGCCGGGGGCGGCACCGUCUUCAAGGAGCUGGCGGCACUGGUGAGGCACUACCGGAGGCGGCACGCGGACCGCUACCACGUGUGCGCACCCUGCGCCACGCGCUUCCCAACGCGAGACGAGUUGGAGGCACACGGCGUCGAGAAGCACGGCAGGAGGCCGCGCUCGUUCCGAGCAGAGGCCAGGGCUGCUGCCAAGGCCGUGUCCUCGAGUGCCGGGGACUCUGACUACCAGACGGCAGGUUCCUCGUCGUCGGCGCCGGGCGCCUCCUGCCAGAAGCAGAAGAAGAUCAAGAAGCUUCCCGUCUCCGUCUUCACCACUACCACCAGGUACGGCAGUGGAAGGUCGAUGACGGAACAGUCUUCGGCACGAGCUGUCGAGGUGGAACUGGCAUUCUUCAGCAGAGUGUCGGACAACAUCCGCUACAACCUGCUGCACCACCUGGACGGCAAGCUGGAAUGCUCGGCUGCUGACAGAGACGUCAAGUGUGUGAAGACGGCUGCCGACGAACGCCGGGAAUCCACUGCGGAUGUGGGCUCUGCCGGUGGCGAAGGGUGUCCGGAGUCUGCAAACUCGGGUGCAAAUACGGGAAAGAUCGACACUGCCGUGCUGGCGCUACCCACCGUUCGGAAAGCGCCGACCUCUUUCUACCUAUCACGGCUGGACAUCUCGACACAACUGGCGAUGGGGCGCAGCAUGGAGAGGCCACCCGCACCGUCGCCGCCGCGAUCGCCUUCUCCGGACGACGUGCCACUCGCGGGUCGGCUCGCACGGAGCCGUGCGGCACGCGAUCGCACCGCGGCCGAUGUCGACUUCCACGCGGGGCUCAAUCUCGUGCGGAAUGCUGCAGGGUGCAGUCUCUCUGUGGAACCCUUGGACAUUCGGACGGUAAACGAAGAUACUGCCUCUGUGGGUGAGACAGCUGCCCAUCCACUGUCCGCAUCCGCCCCUCCGACACCUACCGGAAAGGUGUGCGGGGGCGGCGACGUGCGGGUUCUGCGGCGGAGCGUCUCGGAACGGGUGGUGGCGGAAGAGGCGACGGCGUCGGCAGCUUCCCCGCUGUCGCCGGAGGACGGGCGCGGGCUGGUGCUGAGUGGGGAAUGGGUGCGGCCGCGCAGUUACGUCUGCAUCGCCUGCUCGCGCAUCUUCCCGGACCUCUGCGAGCUCGAGGAACACCACGUGGCAGCACACCCAAAUGUCAUCUGCACCCACUUCGAGCUGGAGGGGCAGAGUGAAGUGGUGGACGGACCGUCAUCGGCGGGCCUGACCGCGUACGACCUGUGCAGACGCCACCUCGGUGCACACUGCGCGUAUGACCUGAGGGUCAGCGGUGCGGGGCCCGACAAGCCGGAGGAGGGAGUGAGGACGAGAGCCGAUGCCCACAAAGAGGCAGCGGAGAAGAAGGGGACGAGUGCAGGCACACUGCCCGAGCCGCGCUGCACAAAGUGCGGCCGCACGAGCUUCUUUGCACAUCCGGAGUUCCACAGGCACAUCUUGGAGUGCGGCGGGGACACCAUGUGGCUUUCGAGUCCGGGUGGGACGGGAGCCAGUGGCGGAGGUAAUGGUGGGCGGAGACGACGCAAGUGGCGCACGUUCGGCAGCAGGAGGCGUCGCGGCGGAGGCGGGGCCGGCCGAGGCGGGUACCGGCGGAGUGCGCCUGCGACUCCCACGCAGUCGGGGGCGGGCGCGGGCCACCGCGGGAGCUCGCACUCUGGCAGCGGACGGCACUUCUUGAGCGGACACCACCAUCGCAACCGACACAACCGCCACCUACAACACCAGCACCACCGACACCUGCACCGCAAGGCUGGCGAUGGCGAUACGAUUCGUCGCAUGCUUGCCAACCUCCCCGCGAAGAGAUCCACUCGGAGGAUGAUACAAUUUGAUGACAUCAGGACGAGGACCCGUACCAACAUUUUGAUGCAAGCUCACCUGAAUCGCUACAAGCACCUGAACCGCCGCAUCGUGACCAACGCGUCGUGCUCGUACGGUCUGCGGGUCGGCAUCCAGACUCUGCCGUCAGUACCGUUGCCGUCACCACCGCCGCCGCAGCCUGCCGCGAAAGAAGAGCGGCGGCGACCUGCGAACGUGGCGAGAGGGCAGCAGCCUCCGGCGUCUGCCCCGUGGGAAGCGGCUCGGUCCGGGUCGCCCCUCGCGAGGAGCACGACGCCUGCCGGCCGGCGCAGCCGCAGCCUGCUACUGCAGGACGCUGGAGCGCCCGACAUCCACCGCCGUAGGAGCUCACUGCCACCUCCCGAGCGUCCGGAGACACCCAGCAGGAACACACGACAGGCACUGCAGAAAGCUAGCUCCGAGAAGGUGCCGCUACCGCUGUUGGACUCCAACCAGCAGGGGCCGACCACCAGGAACAGGAGUUUCCCGGGACCGCCACCUCUCCCUCCUCCGGCCGUCCCAGAACUGGUGACACCACAAACUGGCACGUCACGUCCACAGACUCCGAGGCCGAAAACACCCGUUUCAAAUGCCCAGCCCGUCACCACCCGGGCGCAGACGCCGAGGCCGGCGAGUCCCGUACAACUGCCAAAAUUGAGGACGCCCGUCAAGAUGUCGGCGCCGAAGUCCACACCCGCCGAUUCGGAAGUUCCGCGGGCACAGUCGCCGAGCCCUCGGCGUGGGAACCGACCGAAGUCGGCCCCGGUGCCGGACCCACGCCCACAGAAAUCGACCGCCGACUUGCCACACGUCCCGGUGCUGAGAUCCCGCGCGUCACGUCUCUCGCUCGAUUUGGGCCGACGAGAUGCUGCCGCACACUCUGUUGGGACGCCACCUUCUUCCCCUGCGAAGGUGAAAAAAGUGGUGCCUCCAAAAGGCAGAGCGGCUCCGGAGUCGGAGAGUGAGGAGGAGAACGAAACGAAGCUGCACCAGACGCGGAGCAGGGCAAAACAGCAGACUGGAGUACCCGAAUGCGGUUCUCACAGUACCGACAUCCUGCAAGCUGGAAAUAUGGUGUCUGCAACUAAGGGUACUGAGACGAUGACCAGAGGAAGUGUUGUAGAGACUGUAGAUCCAGAAAUCCAUAAGACUGACAAAAAGACUGAAUACGCAGCUUCUGACAGAGAUACUGAGCCUCUCGUGCAGGCAUCGAAGCAAAAGGUUCAGAAAGGGAAAUCAAAUAAGAAAGGACACGGUGAAUCGAAUGAUGUGCCACCUGUAAGUAGUGUGGUUGCACCUGCUGUUGUGAAGAGUGAAGAUGCAAAACCAACUAAGGGGAACAGGAACAGAAAUAGUGGCAGAGCAUCUGACAAUGUGACCGUCACAAAUAAGAAAGGCCAUGGCGAAUCGAACGAUGGCCUGCCUGCAAUUAGUGUGGUUGCACCUGACGUGAAGAGUGAAGACGUAAAAUCCACUAAGGGGAACAGGAGCAGAAGUAGUGGCAGAGCACCUGACAAUGUGACCCUCACAACUGAGGAAGGAGGAGCUGAUGUGAAGACUGUUCCCAAAGUGGAAUCUUCACCAAACAGGAAGAAGAGUAGGACUCCAUCCAAAGGCAAAGUAACUUCAACCACUGUCUCCACCAGCAAUAGUAGCAGAAAUAGUUCAGCUCCAGAAGGGUCAGAGUGUGACAGCGGCAACGUUAAAACUCGGCAAGGCGUGGAACUUGAGGCUUUGCAGUGCAUUAAAACUGAACCUGUGGACGAUGUGACAGUUGAAGAUCUCACUCGGCUCGUUACUGCCGAGAAGCAGUCGCCCGACAGGAAAGUUUCGAAGUCGAAGAAGCCUCUAGGGGAAACUAAAGUGGUGAAAUCUCUUGCAGAAUCUGUGUCGGAUGUCGAAGUGAGCUCACGCGUAAUCGCUCCUGCGACUAAACACGGCGGAAGCAGUCGGAAGAAGGAGUCCUCCCGACCAAAGUCACUGGUGUCGAAAAAAGAAAAUGUAAGUGUAUCGGAUACGGAAACUCGUGUGGCUGUUGUUGUCAAAUGUGUGAAGAAUAACUCAAAAUCCAAGAAACCUCAGUUACUCGAGAAGAUAGAGAACGCUAAAGUUGAUAUUCCAGCAGAGGUAGAAAGCUUACCUUCAGAAAAUAUUGUGCUGUCUGUAGACGAGGAUACUGUGAAUGACGAUGAUGACGCCGAUGCCGACGAUGACGAUGAUGAUAGUAGUGAAAGUGACGACGAUGACACCGAUAGCGAAGAUGACGACUCUGAGGAAGGGGAGGUUAUCGGUAGAACGAGAUCUGAAAGAAAUCCAGACGGUACGAGAAUGUUCACUGUCACUCACAGGCUUCGUGCAAUGCCUAUUAUUAGAUUCAAACCGAAGAGCAUCAAAAAGGUUUCUAAAAAGAAUGUGCAAGAAUCACCUGCAAAUCAGAAAGCUGAAGCGGUUCAGUCCAGUACUCCGACACGCAAAACUCCUGACACUCCAGCAUCUGGAAAGGCGAGUGGGGCGAAGAAAGUAAAAAGCAAAGUGAAAACACCAUCAGCAGAAGGACCCGGGGUGAGUGAAAUUUCAGGAAAUAGCGACUCUGUAGGCUGUCAGGAGGGCAGUGAACCUGCAGCUUCUGGCGGAGACGCGCCGGCACCUCCGGCAGGUGCAAAAUCUCCUCCCAAAAAGCGUAAGAGCACUCCGAAGACAAAAUUUGCAAAAGAAGUGGAAACAAAAGGUAACACAGUUGGAGAAGCGGAUGUGGACCUUACUCCCACGAAGAGACGGGAGCCAGAAAUAUUGGACGGUGAUGUAGUGCCUGACGAUCUCACCAGAUAUGAGCCUAUCGUUCUUUCCGAAAGUGAACGUGAACAUCAUCUGGGAGGAAAAGGAGAGACAGAACAAAAGUUAUCGAAGAUCAGUGACAGGACGAGGCAGAAAAUAGGACGUCUGAGUAAAGGUGACAGUCCAGAAGGCAGUACGGAUUGGAGACUAUCUGUUGACUCAGUAAGUAUUUUGUUACCUGAAAUGGACAGUAAUGCCGAUUUGAAAGUUUUGGAAAGUAAAAACCAAAAAACGCUACUCGAUAGUAGUGUGCCUACGACAUUAGGUGAAGUUUCUGUAACUGCAGAAAGUAGUGUGACAACUCCAAAACUGAAGGGUGUGAAGUUGUCAAAGAAGAAGAAGGCAGGGCGACAGAAGAGUCUUCUGGAUAGCCCGGUUGUUGCAACUGCAGAGCUCGGCAGUCAAUCAGUUUUGCUACCGUACCCUCUGGAUAGCGCAGCUGGUGACAGCGAAAGAAAAGAGAAAGAUGAGGUGAUCACCGAUGCCAUUGUUAAAGCCUCCCCGACAGAGUCAAAAGCUCUGAACCAAAAAAAGACUACCUCUGUGACAAAUUCUCCCAUAAAACGGGAUCCACUAAAAACCACUCUAGAGAGUAUCGAUGGUGACGAAAAAUCUACUUCGAUAUUUUGCGACACUGUUCAGAAAGCUCUGACAGCCGAGGUGAAAAUUGUGCAACGGAAGAGGACUUCAUCUCUUACAGAUCUCACUGCAGAAAUUGAUACACCAUUAUCUGCUACAGGUGGUGUCGUAGAGUGUAACGUAACUGAAACUGGCCAUAAAGAAAUCUCGGAGAACAACAGAAAGAAGCAGCAGAACAAGACCAAAACAAAACAGAAACGGAGUGCAUCUGCUACUGCUGUUGUUGAGAAACUGGAACCUCGCACAUCCACCUCUGUCAGUGUGGAGCGAGUUGUCACAGUGGCAGACGUGACGGAUUUGAUUGCUGACGGUAGUGGUAAGUCCCCGAGCAAGUCAAAAUUGAAACGCAGGAGAGCUGCCUCUGCCUCAAAAGCCUCGGAAUCACAAACCGCACCGACAGACGAUACGGUGAAAGUGGUAGACGGUUCAGUCGGUGCGAUAGCUAAAAGCUUGCCAGAUACCUUGAAGACUUCCAAACAGAAGAAAACCUCUUCCACUGAAAAUUUGACUGAGAGAUCUGACACUGGUGCACCUGUUGUCAGUGAUUUACUAGAACAAAAUGCACAGAUUUUCCCAGGAAGUCCAGCUGUUGAUUUCAGUGAGAAAAUAGUCCCGAGUAAGCCAAAAACUUCUAAACGGAAAAGGAACUCUUCCGUUACAAAGCCUGUCCCGACAUCAAAAUUAGUGGCGGAUGCUAUCGACAGUGAGGUAAUACAUUCCGAGAAGGAAGAUACGACAGAACAUUCCACAAAUGAAAGGACACCGAAUGGAAUUGACUCUGUUAAGGAAGAUGUGGGGACACUGCCAGAAAAUUCUGGGCACAAAUCUGCCUCCGUUAAGAUGUCUGCAACAUCUGACUCGAUGCCAUCUCUUGCGGACAGUGGAAAGGAAAACACAGAUGUGACAGGAGAAGCUAUAAAUAUUUCUGCAAAAUCGAUGCCGAGUACUUCUAAAAAGAGGAGAAAUGCAUCCGGUGCUAGAAAGUCCAGGAGAUCUACUUCUGCAGAGGUGCCCGUACCAGAGUGUGGUGCCACAGUGGCCGAUGCGGCAAUGUGUGCCGAUACUGAAAAUGAGGAACUUCUCGAACCUCGGGCACGGUCGUCAGAAGUCAGUGUCUCCGAUAGUGAGAGUGGCGUGAAAGAGCACGGGAAGUUGGAGGUGAGCACUGUAACCACAGUGAUCCCCAAUGGGAGCCCUGUUUCUGCAGACGAGGUGCACUCCGAGAAGGGCCUCAUCUUGGCCGCCAUGAAGGUUGCAAUGAUGGGUGCAGAGGUUCGACCGUCUGCGACAGUUGACGAUAGUGAGAACGUGCACGGGAGUUCGGGCGGCGGGAAAACUGCACGAACCGGCACCGGCCGGGGUACGACUCGGUCUGAGGCUGACGGGAGGAACCUCUGCGACGAUCGGCGGAAGGUCUGCCGGCAGUGCGGUCGCGACUUCACCUCUAAUUCCUCUUUCUGGAAACACAUCCAACGGCACUGCACGAGCCCGUGCCGGGUGACUCUGGCACCCGUCUCGUGUUCUGAUGUAGGAGGGCCCCUACAGGUCGAGAGCGGCCGUACUGGCAGAGUAAACGACGUAAGCAAUUCGGCGGAGGAAGUCCGAAUCGCUGUCGGAGACUCCGGUGUCGGGAUUUGCACCGCAGUUGCCGACAUUGCGAAAGACUGUGAAGGUAUGGCAGAAGUAAAAAAUACUGAAGACGGAAAGGUUAGCAGUUCUGGUGACAGUGGUCUAGACGGAGAAGAUGCCAAUAUUUUUGUGCCAGAAAGUGUCGAUGUAUCGGAGGUGAAUUCUACGAGUGUAACGACAGAAGGGGAACAGGUUGAGAGUACGCACGUGAAGGAAGUAAACGACGAGGCCCCGGAAACCUACGAGGUUAGCGCCGAGCGUCCGGAUAGCAGAGUUUCGGAGGAUGCCGACGAGAUGCCUCUCGCCCGACUUCUCACCGGUGAACGCGUAGUGUCUCCUGAAGUGUGUAAUUUACAAGAAAAUGAAGGAAAAUCAGAUUACCGGCCGUGCAGUGUGACAUCGGAGGAUGCGGAGAAGGCACUGAGUGUAGCUUACAGAGUGGAAGCCGGAGGUAGAAUUUGCUUGACAAUUUCUUCCAGUGCAAUUACCAGUAAAACGUCGGGUGACACAGUUAGGUCCGUUGCCACCGACGUGACGGUAGACGUUUCACAGGGAGUGCCCUCUGACGAGUCACUGUCAUCCUCCGAAGAUAAGGACAGUGGCACCAAGGUGCCAGGCUCGACAGAAGAAAGUGAAACGGUAGAAGAGAGUAGUGAACAGGAUUUGACCAAUACGUCAAAGUCGGACGGUGUCAGUGACUUCAAUGGAGCGAUAACACGAGCAGAAAUCGGCGAAGAGGAUUUGUCCGGGAGACCAAAGGUGGGCAGUGUCGAUGACUCUGACGGAGUGGUAAAACGCGAAGAUGAUUUGCCCGGUAGUUCAAAGCGGGAUAGUGUCAGUGACAGUGUGGUAACACAGUCAGUUUCAUCUGCAACGAGUGUAGUAGCUUCGGAGGGGGACAGGUGGAGAAGUUUGGCAGAUGUGACGGAGGCAGCUCUGGGUCGGACUGAACGUGAAGAGGUGGAGGCUGCAGACGGCUCAGUGGAAAAGGCAGCAGAUGAAGAACCACCACCAGAUGGAAACGUCAGUUCUGACUGUUUUAAGGAUGCCGACAGGGACAACAGCAAUCUCGAUCCCGUCAUCGAAUCGCCAGAACAGACAGCAGUGGCCUCACCUAAAAGGAAAAACAAAAAACAGGAGCGUCAGCAUUGGGCUGCGGCGAGUAUCUCUCUGCAGACAAAUUCCAAUGCACCGGCCGUCACUGCAGAUCCUCAACCAUUAAAAAAGUCGAGCAAGAAAAGUGUGAAUGGCAGGGAGGCAGAACAUGCCAGACAGGCUAGUCAGGGCUUGGAGGGGUCGGGUUCGGGCACCUCCGAGGGGGAAGAAGACGUGCCUCUGUCCUCACUGCUCAGGACUGUAAAGGAGUCUCGGAAGGUCGGCUAUGAAGAGCCAACUGAGGUGCGUCAAGAAAAUGUGGAAGACCAGCUGAAUGUCAGUAUGGUGGUCAGCUGUACUCCCGAUGUCACUCGAGGGAGGUCGCCGCGAUCAGGGGGGGAGUGUGCUGCAGCUGCCGAGGAGGCGUGUCACACUUCCAGUCUGACCGAAGUGGAAAAGCCUACGUUUGAAAAGUGUGCCACAGAAUCUGGGGGAAUAACAGUGGACUCGGCAGAGGACAAUGAGGAGGUUGCGACUGUCUGUAGUGUCGAGAAAAGCUCGAAAGAAGUUGUGGACGUAGUAUCCACUGACAUCAUUCCGGACUUUCAAAUACCCUCAGAGGCUAAUGAAGUGUAUUGCACAUCCUCGGAAUCCUCAUCGAGCAAAAGGAAGAGGGCUUCUGAAGAGGACAAAGAUGAUUGUUUGAUUACUGAUACUGUUGCUGCUGCUGUUUAUACUGUAGUGGGAGGCGAAGCCAACUCAGUUGCAGAUGUUCAACCCUUUAAGGUGGCGAGAAAAGAUGUUCCGAUCGAUAGUACCUGUCCGGAGGACGAGAAUGCGGAAUCGUCAAUAUUAGUGAAUGAGAAUGCUCAACUCGGAUUGGCAGGAAAUGUGGAGCGACCUGCAUCUUACGACGGUUCGAGCGAGUUCGAAGAGGGGACCUGUAUCGAGGUGUCUGCUGCAGUUCGUCUGUCGGACGAAGUGACAUCACAACGUGUGGACACACCUGAAGUCGGUGCAGAGUAUGCGAAUGUGCCGGAAGUAACCACCGAACUGGCCCGUACUAGUCUCGCACGGGUAACUGCAGAGCAAAACUCUGGCGAAGUUGCAGUUUUGUCACACGGCAGCUUCGAAUGUGCAGAGCCGGCAGACACCCUUCAAAUUUCGGAUGAUCAGAGUGUUGUCGAUCUUACUCCUGAGGAAAUUCAGAAUUUACUGCCUCCCUUGCACACCAGUCCUAAAAUGGACUCUGUCAAGUUUGGCAACACGCCUCUAGAUAGUGAAGAUUUGACUGCCUGCUUUAACGCCCCGUCAGAAACUCUGCCUGACCCGGAAUUUCUUUUUGCGGACUUACCGGUGCCCGUACAUUCGUCGAACACGUGUGACGGUAGUGUGCAGCCAGAGGUAAAUGUUGACGGAGUCCCAACUGUAGACGGACCCGAAGCGGCGGCGCAGCUGCCAAUUACAGACAGACUGCAGCCAGAUUUCUCAAUCAGUAUUCCCGAGUGCGGAGACACGUCAGUGGGCAGUGGAGAGGAAAAUGCAGAGGACAUUUUAAUAGGUGGCUUACUGCCACACGGUGAGGAGGAAGCAUCAGAGGUUAACGUAAAUAUAGCUGGAGGUCUGUCUGUGAAGGAAGUUGAGCCACCGGCAAAAGGUGAAGGGCAGUACGGUGACGAAGAGGAGAGGACAUCAGAGAAAAAUGACGAGCAGUUUGUAUACCACUCGGAGUGUGCAGCCGUCGAAGGUACUUCCCACGAGAGCUGUCCCGACGUUUUGGACAGAGGAGGAGAUGAGAUUUAUGAGGAUGAGAAAAGAGGAGAGGAGGAAGGAGUAGCAGUCAAUAAGGUGAUGAGCAGUAGAGGAGAGCAAAUAUCUCAGUUACAAGAACAGUUGCCAGCAGCAGAACAGCUAAAGGACAGUUGUAUAGAUGUUACUCUCAAUGAUUCAGUGGCACUGGUUAAUGUUACAAAACGAGAAAAGAUUGUCACGACGUGCUCUGCAGAGCUGGACAUUUCUGGCCCAAGGGACUACCGAGAGCAAGUUUUCCGGACCAGUUCUGACAGUGAUAAAAGUCCCGAUAAAUUGCAGCAGGAAGAGAAAGCUGUAAAGCUGUCUCAACGUCGGAAGCAACGCAAGCGGAGGAACAGUGCCAGGGAGAAACUGUUCGCUACAACUGACAGCAACGAGGCUCCGAGUGAUGGUGGCAGUACGGACGGAAAUAUGUUUUCAAAAGUAGGAGUCGCAUCUGGACCCGCCAGUUCUCCUGUGGUACAGUCCAGAGUGAUGGGACAGUCUGACGGUGACUCCUGUGGACAUCCAUUCACUGAAAAAUUGGGAGAAACUACCGAUGAAGUGGGAGUCCUCUGUCCUACACUGUCUGAUGCGACAAGAGGUGCACUGGAGAAAGACACAAAAACAUUCUGUGUGGAGAACUUUCCUAUAGGAAAUCCAGAUUGGGGCUACGAGAACAUACUAAUGAAGGAACCUCCGUUUAGUGACCCGGCAGAUGCCUUUGUAGGAAAGCCUGAGGUUGCGAAUCCUCGGGUCGACGUUGUGAAUCGGGAUGUGGCGCCUCUUGCUGAUGGCCCCAUUACUAAGGAGUUUGAUACCUGCAAACUAUUGGUGGGUGUGGAGAUGUUACCUGACAGUGUUAGAGAUUAUAGUGAAGGGAGUCAUACAGACGAGAAAAAUAGAGAAAAUAAAGAUGACACACAGCUGUCACCGCAACCAGUUGUUGAGGCAUUUGACAAACUACUCGGGGCAGAGGAGAGUGAUUUGCCAGAGAUUCAGAAGUUAGUCACCGAAAGAGAUGACAAAACGAUAACUGCAGUAAGUCCAUUAGCUCCUUUUGACAGUAAGGCUGUUAACUUACAUCCUGAACACACAACUGUUGCUCGAGAGGGAACAGAUGUUAGUUCUGACAACAGAGUGGGAGACAUUGCCGAGAUUUGGACGCGAGAUGCUGCCGUGCCGGGAAAAGUGGCGGCCUUGGGGAAAGGUGGAUGUUCGUUCGAAGUCGAGUGCAGCACUAAAAUUUGGGAGAAUGGAGAUCUGCGGCCAAUUUGUAAGCAGGUGUCAGGGGAAGUCGAAAUCGAUGUCGGUCGUGGGACCCCGGCACCUCCUAGCAGUCCAUACGGUGUAGCGAGUCUGGAGCUCGGAGAGGAGAAUGUUCGGCAUCUGCAGAAUACCGAAGCUCCUAAUAUGUUCGAGCAGAGAGGGGAUGACAAUAUAUUGGGAAAGAUUGCCGAAGAAGCAUUGCAGACAGAUAGUCACGGAGCUGCAUUGACCGAAUGUGAGACCGUCUUUUGUGAGCAGAGUGAAAGGCAAAACGAGGACGCAGAUUUCAAAUUGAGUGACGAGGCACGGGAGCUACAGGACCGAGAGCAGUCAAUUCUCACAACUGACGACACACUCGGAGCCUUUUCCAAGCUUUACGAGGUGCCAGGCGAGAGUAGCGACUUCGCAGCAGACACUCGGUUCGCGAAGGUGACGAACGAAGUAUCCGAUACGAGUGAGCUCUCGCCGUCGAUAGUACGCUCUGCGACUGGAGAGAUACUUCCAACUGAGGAGUUCGUGAGAAAGGAAUCGGAUCCUGUCACUGAUGAGAGGUCACUAAAGGGGAAGCGCAAGAAGAGAAACAGAGAGAGGAGCAGAGUGUUGGUGGCUGCGGAGAGCGCAGACAGCACAGUUGCAAUAAAGGGAGACGAUUCUUCCCAUAUCUUAGAAAGGGACGAUUAUUCGGUGACCCCAGAAAUCGAUCUGCCUGUAAUGAGAGGCACGUUUGCCACAGAAACAAGUCUGGCCAAAUGUGAAGGAGGUCAAGAAAAUAUACGGCAGGAAGUAGAUACCACUGCAGAGUGUGUAGUUGGAAAUACAUGCCUGCCAGAGACAGUGUCAAAAUCUGAGGGGAUCCCAGAGAUACUGGAUGUUAUACCUAAUAUUUCAGUGCAUGGGAAUGUCAGAAGAGUACAGAGUCCUAGCUCAGAGCUGGAGAUUCAGAACUUCUCAAAGCAGACAAAAGAUGGGAAAGGAAGCAAAACCAAACGUGAGUGCAGCAAAGAGGAAUUCAUUUUGCAGCCGACAGUGGAGAUAGAGGGUACAGAAACAGAUGAACUGUCCACGGAACGUAUAGGAAGAAGUGAGGAUGACCAAGUAAUACCUGCUCAUUCUCAGAAUUCGAAUGUAGAAGUUGUCGAUGAAGGGGUACCGUCCACUAUCGGUGAAGAGGAUGCGGCAGGGCGAGUGACUGCUAUAUUGCAGAUGGAAGACGAUGAAAGUAAUGAUACUGUGAAUGAGAAAGAGAUUAAAGUGCUCGAGGGGAGCCAGCAUCUAGAGGAGGAGGAAAAGGUGUGCGAGGUCGGAAUACUACCACCACUGGUAGAAUCUGGUCACAGUGGCACAGAAUCUGGUCGCAGUGGCCUGUGCCACGUCAAGGAUGCCGUAGAGGAGAUGCGAGUUCCAGAAGUGAAGACAGACACAGAGUUUGCUGUAACGAAUCUCAGUUCUACAGUGUCAGAAAUUUUGGAUGAUGGUGAAAUCACUCGUUCCAAACUGCAGGAAUCUCAGCAGCCUACCGUCAAAGUGUCUCUGUAUUUCAGUGGCUCAGGGGCAGACAGCAGAAAAUUAGCGGUCGGCAGUGUGGAAGAGAACGUCGCAGUCGAGCCGACGAAUGACCCUACGGUUGAGCUCUCCAAGCUAGACGAAAUGCUCAACAGAAUAGUACUACCCACAGUGCCGACAAAGGAAGUGCCCACUGAAAUGGAUCAGGCCAGAUGCAGUUUGGACAGUUUGCUCAGAAUCGUUACAGACGGAGAUUCGCAUACUGACGAAAAGGCCGGAAAACGGGAGCAGGGCGAUAUGCUGGCAGAUGCGUGUCCGGCAACGGGAGAGAGUACCGUGCUGCGAGGGGACAUCGGAAAAGGACUCACGUCGACACACGUACUCGGCCACGUGGUCGGAUCUGAGGAGGAGGAUGACAGAGUUGCGGAGCUCGAAGUGCGUCCUGCCGAACCCGUCGAAGUUGAACAGAAUCGUACUCGUUUAGGAGACAAUGACGAAGACGAAAAAACUGCUCUCAGUGGGCUGCUCCUUUCGUUGGCAUCACCUGAGAAAUUCUCAGAAUUUCGUGUCGAUGCUGUGGAGAGGAGGCACCGUCACCGCCACCACCACCGGGAGAAAAAAAGUGGCAAGGAGUCAAAAGAUGACAGGGUAGAAAAUGUGUCGGAAGUAGAGGACUCCGACAGGUUACAAGCAGAGAUAUUACAGAGGUUGACCAGUGCUAGAAACCAUCACAGGAGUGGCAAAAAGAACCACCACAAGCACGACAAAUACAGAACACAACACGAGGCUCGAGAGUGGUCAGUUCCCGCAAAGCCGGAUCACUCGGAAAGUCAGUGUACUCCCGAGUCUGAUAAAAGAAAUGACUUCCACAUUCCCAAAAUCAAAUCCUACAGGAGUAAUCACGGACCGAGCACACCACCUGGGGAACCUUCCUGUGAAGCGUUUAGUCCGGUACAGUCAGAGUUUGAUGCUCCUAGGGCUGAAGGACCACGGGAGGCACUCGGUGACACUAAGGAUGCCGAGACUGAAAACAGUCCUACUGCAUUUGCACCGUCCACCCUCGAAUUGCCGAAUAGGGGAAACAAGAAGACUAUUCCCAUUCCGAGGAAGAAGGAAAACCGUAAACACCACUCGGAGUCACCCACAGACGAAGUACUCUCAGAUUCUUGUAGUAAAUACGAUAUAGUUAAUCCUAGACUGAAAGAACACAGGGCAGACGAGGGGGACACCUUUCUGGAAGAGUACGUGUACAAAUCGUCUACCAGGAUGCACAGCCUCAGUUCCUUUGGCAGAGGAGAUCUGUUCAACCAGUCGAGGAAAGAAUACCGGAGGGAACACGGGAAGGCCCCGAGAGAUGAAGGCACGCCUUUGGCAGAAGAUGUGGGAGCUUCGGUCACUUGCAGCACCAGACAGGAAAAUGGAAAAGGCCAGAGAAGAAGUCCCGUACAAAAUUAUCGACACGAAACUGUCCACCCGUUGCAACUUCUUUUGGAUGCUGCUAGUAGGGCUGACGAAAAUGGCUUUCUCAGUUCUUGUGACAGAAUCUCCGGCACAGACCCAAAUUCUCCGAGUUACCUAGACACUAAUUUGGACAAGAGGAAGUGCCAGGAUGGCGAUUUUACUAAUUCGGAGAUCGAUUCGAUCGGCACGAGCGGUAACCUCGGGACUGUGAGAAACCCCGACAGCCCUGUACGUGUUGAUUUAUACUCCACAGAGCAGCAGAAAAAAUCUUACAGUGACGCUCUGGGCUUCCCGUCAAGAGUCAACGGACGGAGAGAUACUCACAAGCAUUCAAAGAAAUCGCACAGAAAAGACAGGCUGAAGGACCACACGUCGAAAGUUGUAGACGGUAUCAGAAAUAAAUUUGACAAAAAAGAAAGUCGCCGUGAGGAAAACAGUGUACGCAUCUCUGCAAAGUACGGCCCUUCGACUGAUAUCGUAAGCGCAAUUUCGAGAUCCACAGUUAAUCGUCUCGACGAUCGAGUGGCAGGUGACGUCGAAGGUUUAAAUCACAAAUUUUCUCCGCGGUACGAGUUCCGAGACGACGAUUCUGUCAGGCAAACUAAAAAAGAAUUUGACACCACCUUUCCGUGUAGUAUUCCAGCAGAUACAUCCAGAACCCAAAUUGGAAAGAAUUACCAGAAUCUCGAUAUGCAGUCAAAGGGUGCAGCUCGAGAAUAUCCGAACGGAGAUAACAACGUAUCGUCGGUUCCCGACGAGGUACGGAGUCCACCACGGAAACGCCACCGUGACGAAACUCAGACGGCAGUCAGCAAGAAGCACUCCGUAUGCGAUGAUAAAUCCGAAUACGUGUCUCGUGAGCGUGUGGAAGUGGCAGAGGCUCACGGGGCAUCUAAAAGAUCCCACCGGGUCGAGAAGAGUUUCAGAGAGCACCACCGGCAUCACAAAAAGCACAAGUGUGCUGCAGAACGAGGAACCCACAAUCAGAGCCCGACUUCACUGAAAGGUCACAGGAGGGAACACCACAAACACCACCGGCACCGCCACCGCCACCACCACCGCCACCACAGGAAAGAGGGAGAGACGGUCGAGCCGAACAGUGUGGUAGCUAACAGUGCCGAAUCUGAAGACCCGUCAAAUAAAUACGACAGACGGCAGGAAGUAGAUACCACUGUCGAAGAAAUACGUACGGUACAAUCCGAAGAGCGAGUGGAACAGAUCGACGUAGGUGGAGCACCUGCGGAAAAGUGUGACCGGCAAGUGACGGUAGACACUAUUUUGUCAGACAGUGGAGUUGUGUCCAUCCCCGUCGAGAUACUAGUCUCGGGUGACGACGCCGACAGUAGCCCGAGGCGCCACGAAGAAAAACGUGUCCGCGAAGAACUAGAGGACAUGUUGCAGGUUCUGGAAGGUAGUGCCCGUAAAGGAGACCGCCGAGAAACUGCCGAAGCUGUAACUUCGGAGCAGGUUGCGGGGUUCGGUGGAGAGUUCGGAAUAUUUCCCCUCGGAGAUUCGGCGGGUCAGCAGGACGUUACGGGAUCGGGAGAACCCGUCGGGAUCGGUGCCGGUCUAGCGUUAGCCUCGCCUCCGCCACCAUUGCUACAGCGACAGCUACAGCAGACUUCCAGUGCCGGCGAGCUGACGGAGGACGAGAUCAUCGAAAUCCUCUCUGAAGUGGAAGGGAACAAUACGGUAAGGGAACCGUCACCACUGGUCACUCCGAAGAAAGACUUCCCCAGGAAGCAGCUGUCGGAGAUCGAGCAGGUACGGCCGUCAGUCGAGCCGCGAGUGCCGCCAGAGGUCCUGUCGGAUGCCGAAGACGAUCUCCCACUGUCACUGUCGGUGUGCCUUGGCAGCUUACCGCAGACGACUCCCGCUGUGGACGGAGACGUUCCCGUCGCCCGUUUCGGACCGGCCACUCCGACAGGCCCCCCCGUGCUACAGCCGUGCACUGUAGACGGACUGAACGGUGAACAGGUGUUGCCUCUGCUGCCUGCAGAACCGGCACCGACACCGCCUCGGCCUGACGUUAGAGGAGAAGACUGCAAUUUAGACGAGAAACUGGGUCCGCCGACACUGGAUUUGAUAGCUGCACCUCGUUCCGAGGAGGUGGUGCCUGUUAAAGAGGAGGAACCUUUCAGUGAAAUACCCGUGUUGUCUCCGGCACCGGCUGUGACAGAGAAGGAAAUACUGGAUAUCGACAGGAAGAAUAAACACGAGAAGAGAUCGAGGCGACACUCGGAGUGUGGCGAAAAGCAGAAGCACGUCGUGCCACCCAUCUCGAUAAAGAUUACGUUACCGAUCGCCGAUAUUGCCGAUCCCCCCGCCGGUGCAGUUAAAUCGCAGAAGAAAAAGGAACGUAAAAAGCACAAGAAGAAGGAAAACGUGCUUCAAAAUUUUGCUUCGGAUAAUGCUACCCGUGUUUGCGAAAUGCCUGAGGUGAUUGAAGAGUCUGGUGAAUUAAUUCAGAAGGUCGAGGUGACAGAAGACACUGUAGAGGAGAUGCCACCUGUACGCCUACCGGAGGUGCUAGACGUGGCGUGCACCGACUCUCGAGUCCUCGGUAGUGACGAACGUUUCGAUCGGAGCGGAGAGACCGUGUGUGAUUCGACUGCAGCAGCAGGGGAAGGUGAAACUGUCGCAGAGACUGCACGUGUCGAACCCCGAUCGGAACCGGAUGCAGAGACAGAUCGCCAGGAGACUACAAAGUCUCCUAAGAAGAAGCAGUCCAAGAGCCCCCAGAAGCGCAGGAAAGACGCGCGUGCCGCACAGAACACGGAAGAUGCGGACGAGGCUCUGGCACGCACCAUAUCUGCCCCUAGGCCUCGCCGACUGGCGAAAGAGGUCGCUUUGAAGGAAGUGCGCAACCACUUCCUGAUAGACGGACAAUUGGAAGCUCUAAUAGGAGCCAAUGUUGAGGACGAGUUGUCGUUGCUUGCCGUCGACAGUGCACUUUUUGGAGUUACCGACCGACCUGAACCGUCUGGGGACAAGAACAAGCAGGAUAAGACCGGUUCCGGGCAAGGGGAUGCAGAAGCCGGCGCACCUGCGAAAGCCGUACGUCCCGCCGUCGCUCCGACUGAGAGUGUUGCAGCCGACAGGCGCAAUCCCACAGCUACCCGCACUGUAUCGUCGUCGGUCACCGAUCAGCGCGGGAGGAGGAAAGCCAGGGCUGACAUCUUGAAGACGAAUCGUGUUACCGAAGGUGAGGACACAAAAAGCAGUAACAGAGAAAUGGUCGGCCGAGAUGUCAAAUCGGAGAAGGCGACAGGCGAGUUGACGGGGGAUGAGAUAAGUGAGCUGCAAAAGGUGACGGACGGAGCCGAAGAGCAGUUGCCUUCUACACCUCUGAAGCGAGCCUGCAGUUCUCGCGGAAAGAGCCCCGAACCGAAGAAGAAGGUGAGGAGAGUCAAGGCAAAAUCUGGAGUCGUGCCGAUCACUAAGUCGGAGAUUCUGCCGAGUGCACGAGAUGUAGUGCCUGCUGUGAAAACUGUCAAAGCAGAAACGCAGGCAGCAGUUCCGAAUGCAGACAAACCGAAGAUAUCUCUCGGAGACAAAAAGGUUGAGGAUAAUUGUGAGACAGAGUACAAGGUGACACCGGAGGUGACGAACAAAGUGUACGUAUCCCCCAAAGGAUCCCCCACGUCCCCGACCCUCCCGAAAGUGCCGCAUACAGACGACAGGAGUUUCCGCUCGUUAACUGUGAGGGAGAAGCGAUCGACUCGCUGCAACCUGUCGUACGAGGAGAUGUACACGUCUUCCGACGUGACGAGCGAGACGGACAAUAGUCAGGAGCUUCCUGCGGAGGCGGGAACCAGCCGUGUGCCGGGUAGCGGCCAGGCAGCGCUGCCGUUCCCGCCGAGAGCGAGCAGUGAUGACAGUGACGAGUCGGAUGACAGCGACGGUGACGACAAGCAGAGGAAGCGGAAGGGAUCCAAGAAGAAGGUGACCACACCGGAAGCUGGCACUUCUGUUUCAGGGGUGCCGAAGCGACGGAGCAGUACCGGAUCGUCGAAGUUCUACUGCGCGGCCUGCGACCGGCACUUCACGACGGCUUACAAUUUGGCAAAGCACGCCCGCUCGAACAGGCACGUCGCACGUGCCAUGGCGCGCCUGCCGAUGGUGGGUGUGGAGCAGAACCCGGGGCCGAGUGGAGGCGGGAAGCCGCAGACCGGGGCUACGCCCCCGCGUUCGGAGGCGGAGUCGGACGGGCGGCCGCAGGUCGCGGCGUCCGGAGUCGUAGUGGGAGGAGGAGCGGCGCGGCCGGCACCGACUGCGGAACGACCACCCGCGGCGGCGAAUGCCACGUCUGCAGACAGCUCACUCGCAGACGUCGCGGAGGAGUCCGAGGGGGAAAUCCUCCGCAACCAGGAAUCCGGAUGGGAGCGCCGCGUGUCGAUCCAUAUGAGCCUGUGCGAGAUCCUGCGAGCCAAGGGCGACGACGCCGUCAAGGACCCGGCCACGCCCCUCGCAGACUCCGCACCGGCGACGGAAAUCACGACCUCGGGCGCCGCCCGCGCGGACAGCGUGGCGAGCUCUGCGGACGACCCGCCGCUCAGCACCAGUGACGAUACCACUGCGUCUUUCAAGGUGCGCGACGCGGAGGCGGUUCCUUCGGACACGGGAUCGGUGUGGCCGUCGCCCGCCACCACGACCGGGACCGGAGGCGGUGAGGACAGUCCGGCGCCCCCGGCGGUGCCUCCCGUGACGCAGCCCCCGGCGGCGGCGGCGGACGGCCCCGUUUCGUGGCACCCGCCGGACUGGCCGCAGGCCGUCGCCUGGGGCCAGAGGGGCUACGACUCCCCCGCAACGACAGUGCCGCCACCGGCGGGGCCGUGGCCGGACGCGGACUCCGCUCCGUGGGCGUCGGUGACUCCUCCGCUGCCGCACCAGCCGACGGAGCAGCAGGGCUGCUGGGAGAGGGGAGCAGAGGUGGCGUGGGGCGGAGCUGCCGCCCGGGACGCGUGGGGGCGGCCGCUGCAGCCCGCCUGGGAGCGCGAGAGUGGCACCGGCCUCGACUCGUUCAUGGACUCCUUCAGCCAGUCGCUGCAGAUCCUGGGCAGCCGUAACGCGGACGACGCGGCGGGUGUCGGCGCAGACGCGGGCACUGUGCCCCCGGACGCCUCCACUGUCGCACUGCCGUACCCCGUGGCCGACCCCGCGGGGUUGCGGGAGCUGCAGAACGCGAUGGGUGCCACGGACGAGGAGAUGGCCAUUCUGCAGCAGCUGGGUGGAGCGGGGCCCAUUUGGGUGCCCAUCAAGGCCGAGGCGUCAGCUUCAGUGUCCGCGCCCGAGGAAGAGGAAGAGGAGGAGGAGGCGGACAUCGUGGACCUGGACCACCAACGGACCGCCCCGGAGGCUUCAGCCGCAGACGUCACCCGCAGAGGCGGCGACAGUGCGGCCGUGCCGGCGGGGCCGGGCGGCGAGGCACCGGCGGGCAUCGAGAAGGCCGUCCCGGAGACUUCCGCCCGGCGCACUGGGGCCGGAGGUGCCGCGCCCGUGGCACAUGUCGUCGGCUCUGUCAAGGUUUUCCCCGAGCCACAGUAUCACCGAGCCGCCGUUCCCCUGUCGCAGAGGCAGUACGGAAUGCGGCCGGCGCGCGGGGCCGGCAGCAGUGUGGAGAACCUGCUGGCGGCGUACGAGGCGAAGGAGAUGGUGUGCCCGUCCUGCCACCGCUUCUUCCUGGGGGUGUCGGCCCUGCAGCAGCACGUGCGCGUGGCGCACGACGGCCGCGUCGGCCCGCCCCCGCUCAAAAAGUCGAGGGCGUCAGUAGCCGGGUCUUCGGUCUCUAAGCGCCCCGGCGGGUCCAUUGGCUGGCCGGUGACGUCCGGCACGGGAGUGGCGGGUGCCGGCAGCGGCUCGUCAGAGUCUGGUGCGGCCGCCGCUGCCUCGGCGCUGGGCACGUCCGCCGACUCGCCGCGCAGGCUGGCCUGCCCGCACUGCCGUGAACUGCUGGCAGGGAAGGACGCGUUGGCUGCCCACGUCGCGGAGGAACACCCGGCCAGCAUGACGACGACCGGUUCCGCCGCGUCGACGACGCCGCUGGGCUGCAGCGACGAGGCGGAAGGGCUGAAGACGCACAUCUCGACGGCUCUCGGCGGUCUGCUGGACCGAGCACUCAACAACCUAUUGGAGAGAGGACUCAGCCCAGGUGCCUCUGCCCACCUCCCCAGCCUCAACCAGCCGACGCUGAGCCUGCUGCAGAAGCUGACGGCACGCCGCCCCGCGACGUCGUCCGCGUCCGGAUCGUCGACGACAACCGGCCGACCGGCCCCCGUAUACAACACGGAGCUGGCCAAGGAGAUGCGACGGCAGAUUUCUAAGCCGCGCCCCACGGGACUGGCGCUGCUGCGUGCGACCUCGAGUGCCGUCGGCAUGUCCGACUCGCACCCCUACGUCUGUUUCUAUUGCGAGAGCCGGUUCGAGCAGCAGAGCACUCGCAACAGACACAUGGUGCGCACGCACAAGAACGAGAUGAUCUGCUCCAAGUCGAAGCAGGCAGAGCCCGAGAACGAUCCGGAUGAUGCGUCUGGUGGUGAAGACUCUGACCACAGUUGGCGUGAACCGAGCCCCACCAACUGGACAUCCGAGACACCUGGCGGAGACAUGGGAGGUGAUGGUGAUUUCCUAUGUUCAGAUUGCGGCAUCAACUUCGGCACGCCACAGGAAGUACUGGCGCACCGCAAAGCGGAGCACAGCCGGCCCGAGCCCCCGCCGCAGGAGUCGUCACCCGCACAGGGCAGGGGCCGUAACGGCCGCGGCAGGGGAGGCGGUGCGUCGGGCCGGGCCGCGCCCGUGUCGCCGCCCGACGGGGAGACUAUAAAGCGGCAGGCGAUGGCGGCGCUGCGCGAACUGGGUGCGCAGAGCCGGCGGGGCGGGGGCCGCGGAGCCUCGCAGGCCAAGUGGGGCAUGCGGUUCCCGCUGGCUCCGGCAUCUGGCACGGAGGGUGCUGUCAAGAUGGAGAAGGGGGCCGCCUUCAGCCUGCCACUGGUCCGCAAGGCAAGCGGCCCGGGCCCGAGAUUCGCUUCCCUGGAGAGGAAGCGCGGAAAGAAGGCGGGAGCCGGCAGCGGGGGCGACGAAGCGUCACCCGGUCCGUCGCCGGCGCGGCUCGACGUGUACGAGUUCGCCGACGAGGAGACGUUGGCCGAGCGACCGGAGCUGCAGAGGCGGCCGGCAGGGGGGGCCGCCGUCGCCACUCCGGACACCACCGCGGGUGCCGCUUCCACAGCCGAGCUGGCCGAGGAGAAGGAGAACGGUGCGAAAAGUGUCGAGCAGACCACUGUGUCGGAGCUCUCGAAAGAGGAUGCAGUUCCCCGGUCGGAGACGGCGGGAGGGGAUGCCGUCGAGGGUGACCGGCCCUCCACCGGGAGACCCCAGCGGCGCGAGAGGCGGCGGAAGUCGUGUGCAGACUUCCCUUCCGACCUCAGUGACGUACUGGACGAGUCAGACAGUGACGGCGAGCCCCGGUCCACUCCGGUCGCCCGCACCUCUGCCGCGCCCAGGGGAGGUAGGCGGCCGAGGCGGGGAGCCGGUAGGGGGGGGCCCGGGAGGGGCGGAGCCGGCUCUGCGAGACGGCGCGGGAGAGGGCGCGGAGGCGGCGGGGGGAGGAGGCCGGCACACACGGCUCUUGCCGUUACCGGAGCUGCCCCGCCCGCGCCGGUCGCAGUCUCGGCGAGCAGCGACGACGACGAGGGCGACGGCCCGGCCCUCCCGCCGGCCAAGGUGCCGUGCAGAGCGACGACGCCCGACGACUCCAGCCAGAGCUCCUGUGACGUGAAAGGAGCGGCGGCCGGCCCCGUGGGUGCCGCGGCCAGGAGGCGCCGACGCCGUGCCAAGUCGGAUCUGCUCAUCUCGGUGUUCCGGGCCAAGGCCCGCCACGUGUCAGUUUCGGCAGCGGCCGGAGCCGACAGCUCGGAGGACGGCACUGCGUCCGGCGGUGUGGAGCCGCCUGUCUGAUAAGCGGCCACUGGGCGUAUACCUCCUGCAUCCUCUGUCAUAUCUACGGCAGUGUAAACUGGCUUCCCUGCUACGGCCCCAGUUGACGCCAGAUGCUGUCGACGUUGCUCUCGAGACAUUAGUGCUUCGAAGUGGUGACAUUUCUGUCAGAUGUUGAAAACGCCAUAGUCCUUUCGUGAUAGUAUGAUAUUGUGUUACGGAUGGGGAAAGACAAUAAGAGCAUGUACUAAAUUCUCUCCUGACCCUCAGUCUGUGUGUGACCGAGUAACAGUACAAUAACUUUUGACCAGGUCACAUUGCGUCGGUGACACGGUAGACCUCGGCAGUACUUGCUGCUCGUAUAGUGCGGACGAUCGGGAUACCUACUGCAGAGACACACUCGAACCACUGCCAGUUUUUUUGUCGUAGUCAUCGUGUGCUCGUAGAUACUCUCGUAUCCCUUUUAGUAACUUUAUAGGUUCUCGACGGGACCUGUUUGUGAAUGGCAAAUUUCACGCCCCUCUAUUUUGUGUCAGUUUCAAGUAUGCCACUUCUUCCCUGUGCAUCUCUGCAACCGAAUUAAAUUAAUUCUUCCAAAAGGGUUAAUGUAACAGAAAUUACUGCAUCCGCUCCAAGUGUCCAUUGUAACUGACUGUAGAGGUAUGUGAAAUUUGUGUUUACUCAUGUGCCGUGCGACCUUAGCGCUUGUUACAUUUUAGUGUCAAUUUGUUAUGUUGUUCACAGUUGCUCAGGUUCAGUUGACGGUGACAGUUCAGUGCAGUUCAAGAAAUUUUGGACUUUUGGAGAGGUAUUUCAGAAGUGAAAAGUGAAAGAGUAGUGCAGAUACAGUGACUGGUUUUGUACCUUGUAUGUGGAAGAUGAGAGCAGAACGUGUGGACCUGCUAUCGAAACUGCCAAUAUAGUGCCUUUUUUUCCCGGCUUCAGGUGGAAGCAAUUUCGUGUACACAUUGUAAUAGCAGAAACUGGUAUUGCGAUCGAUUUAUUGCUCGUGAAGUGUGUCUGAAUGUGUGAUGUGUGUCUCUCUGUAUAUUCCACAAAUUGAAAAUGUCCAGUUACGUGAUCUCUUAGUUUUUUUAGGGUUGUGCGUUGUUUGCAUGUUGCAGGAUGGUUCUUUUGUUUUGUACCGUAUCGGUUUGUGUUCGAGUGUAUUGUUUCGGUAUUGUUAUAUUUUUUACUUUAUUCUGUUCCUUGCAUGUGUUUCUCUGGGCACUGAGACGUGUGCACAAUCUUUCCUACCUUGUCUCCAGUCGUUUACUACACGAUAUAUUGAAUUGCCUGAAAAAAUUUCGCACUGCCGUUCGACAGAAUAUAGUGAAACUGUACGUCUCUGUGGCCAUUCUUAACAUGGAUAAAUUACAUGGGAGACCCGAGAGAGAUCGUGUGCUGCUCCGGUUUGCACUUUAGGUAAUCGACUCUGCCUGAAAUUUGUCUGCCGCACACGUCAGUCGCCCGGGGUCGCAGGAAGCCGGCGGUUCCGUCCCUGUCUGCCAGAUUUUUCAUCUCGUGCAGUGACUUUGCAUCGGUACUAGAACAAUGUACGGCAGCGAGCUACGUGCCAGAGUACUCUGUUGCCAGCUGUUGAAAAAUUAUGUCGCGUGGCCCCUUUUACGUCGAGUCUGAUUAAUGUGGAAAGUGAAAUUGAUCCGAAUUGGUGGCACCACUUUCUGGCUGGGGGCGGAAUCUGCGGGGUUCUGGGGUGCUUUUUGUAGUCGUCCUUUGUGCUGAACAGCAUUCUCAAAUGAAGCCAAAUUCCUCUAUGUAAAAGAUGUCUAUAUGAUGUAUAUUUAGGUAUAUGUUAUAGAGUAAAAAGAUUUAGUACAAUUUAUACUAUUAUUCACUGAUGGAAUUUCAGUACAUUAUGUACAUAUAUAUAAAUACAUACAUAUAAAAGGAAAACAUAUAUAUAAUAUUGAAAAUUUGAAAUAAAUGACGGAGCCUAUAUAUAUACAUAUGUGUAAAUUAAUAAAGAGUGUUAGUGCAUCUUCCA